CUGCGCAAUUAGGGCUAUCUAUCAUUCUUGGAUUGCAUACAUGAGUCCUGUUUACACAUAGCUAUAUGGAAACAAAAAAAAACAGCAAACCCUAAUUUAGUUCAUUUUCAAUGAUGACUUGACUGAGCAAACGGUGAUUUUAUUAUUCUUUUGUCAAUUUUUAGCAACAUAUCCAUCAAUUAUUGAUUCCGAGUAGUAAAGGAUCAUGUCGUUUGACGUUUCACAAUUCACAUACGCCAAAUUCUUAUUUUUUUACUCUUCAUUCUAUUACUAUUUGAAUUCCAAUUUUUAGAUUUUUUUUAAAUUGCGAGCAUUGUAAUUUUUUUAAAAUUUCGAGUAUUGCGAGUAUUGUUAUUUUCAGAGUAGUAUACCAAAAUUCUUCUAUUAAUUUUAAUUUAAAAUUCUUGUGUUGAUGAUUUUAUUGUGUUAAUCUGGAAAAAACCAUGCCUCUCACUCUGCCAUACGAAAAUCUCUCUUACGGUCAGCUUCGGAUCAGUUGCCACCAGUGCUUCUCUGAUUUGACUCAUUUGAGCAACUUAUGCGCAAAGGAUACACCCCCUACUCAAGGAAGAGGCCACGGGUUGAUUCAGAGAUCUUCUGUGCAUGACGGCUUCAAAAUGCUUCCCGGAGAAUCAUUUGAUAUGUUGGAUGAAAGGUUCCACAAAAUCUUGAAUGAUCUUGCCUCACUUAACCACGUUCUUUCUCCCAAAGAAAAGAAUGUAAGGUUACUGAGAUCACUUCCAACCGAGUGGUAUACCAAAGCCACAGCCAAGGAAGAAGGAAGAAACCUGGAAAACUACACUGUCCAAGGUCUCCUUGAUGAGCUCAAAACCUAUGAGCACGAGCUGAAGAAGAAGAAGGAAGAACAAGUCACUCCCUUCCCCACGGCACUGAUGACAACUCCAAGAGUCCCAUCAACAUGCCCAUACCCAAAGGUGGAGAAGUACGGAGAAAGAGAAAGAAACGAGAAGAAAAAGAAGGCAAUGGUUGCUGCUGAAAGUGACAAGUCAUCCAGCUCAAGCUCGGAUGAAGAAGCCCUCGUCUGCAUGGAGCGCAGAGCUGAAAAGUCCAACCAUGAGGAUAGGUGGACUAUGUCAGAAGAUGACACUCUCUGCCUAAUGGCCAAAGAUGAUGCCAAUCAAGAGUUCAAAAAGAUGAUGGAAGAUUUUAAAGAAAUAAAUCUCAAACAUUCAUCCUUAACAGAAGAGAACAAGUUGUUAAGUGAAGAGAAUCUCAAGUUGACUGAAGGUCGGAGAAGUCAACUAAAUGAGAUCACUCAACUUAAAGCUGAAAAUGAAUCUCUCUCUGAAAAGGUGAAAUCCCUUAAUAAAGAGCUAGGGAUACUUAUGUCCAAAGAAGCAGUGGACAAGCUUCUUGAAACAACCAAACAUAAGGGUCGUGAAGGACUUGGGUUUGACCCCUCCAGUUCCAAAAGGAAAGGGAGAACAACUUUCAUCCCUCCUAAACCUACUGCCAAACCAAAUAAGCAGAAAGGAAAGGAAAAGGAGAAACCAACAGAAGUUCCCAAAAAGGAAGUCGCUAAGUACCCAGGUGUCUGGUACUUAGACAGUGGCUGUUCAAGACACAUGACGGGUGAUGCGAGCCUUUUGAGCAAUCUAAUUCCCUAUGAUGGUCCAAGAGUUACUUUUGGAGGAAGCAAUGAUUUCGGCCUUACUAAAGGGCUAGGAAAUCUGGUGUACAAGGGACUAACCAUCCAAGCUGUAUCUUAUGUAGAAGGUCUCAACUAUAACCUUCUUAGCAUAAGUCAGUUUUGUGAUAAAGGUUACUCCCUGGAAUUCUGCAAGGACAUGGCAUCUCUCAAGAACAUCUCCACAAAUGAAGUCAUUCUCACUGGGAAGAGAAUCAGAAACAUCUAUGAAAAGUUAGAAGCCAAGUGCUCUUCACCGACAUUCUUUCAAAGCUAUCUGGAGAUGAUGGCCGCUCAAGAACUCUCCGAAUUUCUUCAAAUGGAGAUUCGCCUCAAAUUCGAGGAAGAAGUUCUUGAAUUCUACAGAAAUGGAGAGGUCAAAACUGCUCAUUCAAAGAAGGACCCACAGAGGACGUUUCCGGUCAUCAAGUCCACUGUUGGAGUUAAAGGGAAAAAGUAUGAAGCCAGAUACUGGCUAUACUACUUAUCCUCCAAAGGAGAAAACAGAGCUAAUGCUAGUGCCACUGCAGAAGAAAGCUCAUCAGAUAAUGUCCCACUCAUCCAUAUGGCAAAGACUGCCAAAAGGAAGCAAGUGGUGUCUCCUUCCAUUAGUAUUGAAGCACCACAGAACCUUGCUCUGGCAAAGGAACCUGCUGAAGAAACCUCUGCUCAAAACCGGAGCCCUCAACAACUUGAAGAAGAAAUCCCUCAAGUCCAAAGCCUUCCAACCUCCUCAACUCAACCUCGAAUGGAUGAUGCUGAUAACCAAUUCUGGCAGCUCUACUAUGAUUGGAGAGGAUGGAAAGUUGGAAAUUCAGCAGAGCAACUGAUGGAUUGGGACCAACAGCUAAAGAAUGAGAAGAUCAUCAAGAAAUGCUUAGGAAUACCAGUCAACCAUAGCUGUGAAGAAAUCUUGGAUGACUACAGGGUAUGGCAAAGGAACCAUGAAGACCUGCAUCUGGAAUACCUAGCCAAUUCACCAAUUUCAGAAUUUGAAGUAGAUGAUGAAGAUCCUUCAGUCUACAAACCAGUCUUCUCUAAAGCCACAGAAGAACAGGUGGUUCUCACUUCUGAAGCACAAGCAGUUUUGGAAGCAACAGUUGAGGACUUCCAAACAUCUCCGGAAGCCUCACCUGCCUUUGAAACGGAAACCUCACCUGCCCUUCAGGAAACCUCACAUGCUUCUGAAAUGGUUCUGACUGAAGCUGUCCAAGAGAAAGCAGCCUCUCCCCCACCAGAAAAGAACCAGAAAACAGCAGAAGAAGAAGAAUUUCAGCAACUAAUCCAGUCUCAAGCUUUAGAGAUUCUCACAACUCCUUGUGAGAUCUCCAAUCCUACUGAAACUGAGAUCCCGGAGAAGUUAGCAGAAAUUCUGGAACAGUCAACUUUUCCAGAAACAAAUGAAGAGGAGCAAGCUGUAGAAGUCCAAAGGAAUUCUGGAGAACACCAUCCUCUCAUCAGGCAAGAGAUAGAGCAAAUGGAAGCCAAGUACACCAAGCUUAUAGAGAAAUCUGAAGAGAAGCACAACACUGAUCUCAAAGAAAUAAGCAAAUCAGUGCACAAGACUCUGGAGAUUAUCUCUCUAUUGAGUGAAACUCACAGCAAAGAAAUCCGGAAAAACUCAGCACAGCAUCUAUCCAGCUCAGAACUGGAUGGAAUAGAAUUUAUAGGCACAGUUGUUGACCACUUCUCAAAUGAUGCUCAAUCAGAAGAGAGGCGUGAAAAUUUAAGGUGCAUCAAAGAACUGUGUGGGAACAUGAAGGGCAUCAGUGAGGUUGCCGGAUCUUCAAAACGCAAGAGGAAUUGAAGGUUCUUUUCAUCAAACCAGGGGGAAAGGGGAACUUAACUAGUUUUGGCUAAUAAUUGUUUUUGGCUAUG